AUGGAAGCAGCUAACCUCUCGGUGGCCUCCACCGGCGUCGCCCUUCGCCUGGGACCCGAAGCCUUCAGCAGCAGCCCAAACCCAAGCGGGGUCGUCGGAUCGACCCCAGGCGCUGCGGCCCCGCCGGGCCGAGAACCGCCUUUCUCCGUCUUCUCGGUGCUGGUGGUGACGCUGCUGGUGCUGCUGAUCGCGGCCACGUUCCUGUGGAACCUGCUGGUCCUGGUCACCAUCCUGCGCGUCCGCGCCUUUCACCGUGUGCCGCAUAACUUGGUGGCCUCGACGGCCGUGUCGGACGCGCUAGUGGCCGCGCUGGUAAUGCCCCUGAGCCUGGUGAGCGAGCUGUCGGCUGGGCGACGGUGGCGGCUGGGCAGGCGUCUGUGCCACGUGUGGAUCUCCUUCGACGUGAUGUGCUGCACCGCCAGCAUUUGGAACGUGGCGGCCAUCGCCCUGGACCGCUACUGGACUAUCGCGCGCCACCUGCAGUACACGCUGCGCGCCCGCCGCCGCGCCUCGGCGCUCAUGAUCGCGCUCACCUGGGCGCUCUCGGCGCUCAUCGCCCUCGCACCGCUGCUCUUCGGCUGGGGCGAGGCGUACGACGCUCGACUCCAGCGCUGCCAGGUGAGCCAGGAGCCCUCCUACGCCGUCUUCUCCACCUGCGGCGCCUUCUACCUGCCGCUUGGCGUGGUGCUGUUUGUCUACUGGAAGAUAUAUAAGGCGGCCAAGUUUCGCUUCGGUCGCCGCUGCAGGGCUGUGCUGCCCCUGCCCUCCGCCGUGCAGGGAAAGGAGGCCCCUCAGGAGGCUGAGAUGGCGUGCACGGCCCGCCGCCCCGCGGCGGCCUUUCCGGCGAGCGGAGCCUCGUGGCGGGAGCAGAAGGAGAAGCGGGCAGCCGUGAUGGUGGGCAUCCUCAUCGGCGUGUUCGUGCUGUGCUGGACCCCCUUCUUCCUGGCCGAGCUCAUCGGCCCCCUCUGCGCCUGCAGCCUGCCCCCCGUCUGGAAAAGCGUGUUCCUGUGGCUAGGCUACUCCAACUCUUUCUUCAAUCCCCUGAUUUACACGGCGUUUAACAAGAACUACAACAAUGCCUUCAAGAACCUUUUCACCAAGCAGAGAUAAAGCCAGGGCUUGGAGAGGGGAGGGAACUGGAAUUUCUCCCCUUCAUUUGUGGUCUGGGCCAGAGCCGUCCCACCGCUGAGUAUUGACGACAUUUGGGAACCAUAGCACUUGGGCCUGGACUACAGGAGCAGCGAAGCCAAAGGCCCUCCAGAAAGACAGCAGGUGGGUGGCAAGCGUGCAGCUAUGCCCUCUCACCGAGUGAUGCAGACAUUGCUAAUCAGUCUCAGCAUAUCUUCCCACUGAGCUGGGACUCAGCCUCAGAAUCCUUUCUGGACAGUGCAUUCUGCAGUUAUUGCUAAUUGGCCAGAAUUCAUACGAGAGUGGUAUCCCAGGUGGUGCUAGUGGUAAAGAAGCUGCCUGCCAAUGCAGGAGAUGUAACAGACAUGGGUUCAGUCCCUGCAUCGGGAAGAUCCCCUGGAGGAAGGCAUGACAACCCACUCUGGCAUUCUUGCCUGGAGAAUCCCAUGGACAGAAGAGCCUGGCGGGCUACAGUUCACUGGGUUUCAAAGAGAUGGACAUGACUGAAGCGACAAGCACGCAGCAGACCAGCCUGGAAGCCGACUUGCUCUUCCUUUGUCUCCUCACCAUGUUCUCAGCACAGGGCCCAGUGACCUGUGGCAGAACGGGUACCUGGACCAAGUCUGCCUGAAUCUUAACAUGGGAAAAUGAAGGGACACAACCGAAAUCUGACUGGACUCCACAUUUCAAUGUUGGUUUGCAUUUGGUACCAUGAGACCCACACAUGGUGUAGUGGUUCCACUUGUAUUUUUCUACUUGGAUUCCAGCAAGGGGCCUUAGAGGGAGAGCCUAGGUGCGGUUUGGAGGAGGGGGCAAUGAUAUUUUUAGGCUCACUCUCACUAUUGGAUAGAUGCUUUAUCAUUGUGUUCAUUUGGCCUGGGCCUUGACUUAAUGUAAGAUCAUUAUGGAAGCAUCCCAGGCAGAGGGAAUCAUUUACAUUGAGUACUUCUUAAAAGCAAGUUGUCUGCUGACUAAUUUGAUGGCAACUUCUGCUGGACCUUUCAGACUUCAACUUUUUCUUUACUUAGGCCUUCCCUGACCACUCACUAUAAUUACAAAAUGCUCAAUUUCUGAGACAGAUCAGUUCAGUUCAGUCGCUCAGUCAUGUCCAACUCUUUGCGACCCCAUGAACCGCAGCACGCCAGGCCUCCCUAUUCAUCACCAACUGCCAGAGUCUCCCCAAACUCAUGUCCAUUAAGUCGGUGAUGCCAUCCAACCAUCUUAUCCUGUCGUCCCCUUCCCCUCCUGCCCUCAAUCUUUCCCAGCAUCAGGGUCUUUUCAAAUGAGUCAGCUCUUUGCAUCAGGUGGCCAAAGUAUUGGAGUUUCAGCUUCAACAUCAGUCCUACCAAUGAACACCCAGGACUGAUCUCCUUUCGGAUGGACUGGUUGGUUCUUCUUGCAGUCCAAGGGACUGUCAAGAGUCUUCUCCAACACCACAGUUCAAAAGCAUCAAUUCUUCUGUGCUCAGCUUUUUUUAUAGUUCAACUCUCAGAUCCAUACAUGACCACUGGAAAAACCAUAGCCUCAACUAGAUAGACCUUUGUUGACAAAGUAAUGUCUCUGCUUUUUAAUAUGCUGUCUAGGUUGGUCAUAACUUUCCUUCCAAGGAGUGUCUUUUAAUUUCGUGGCUGCAGUCACCAUCUGCAGUGAUUUUGGAGUCCCCCAAAAUAAAGUCAGCCACCGUUUCCACUGUUCCCCCAUCUAUUUGCCAUGAAGUGAUGGGACCGGAUGCCAUGAUCUUGGUUUUCUGAAUGUUGAGCUUUAAGCCAACUUUUUCACUCGCCUCUUUCACUUUCAUCAAGAGACUCUUUAGUUUUUCACUUUCUGCCAUAAGGGUGGUGACAUCUGCAUAUCUGAGGUUAUUGAGACAGAUCAGUUGAUGAUUAACUUUAUGUAAGGAUGUACUUCUAAUUCCUUUUAUUUAUUUUUG